GCACAGGCUCGCUGUCAGUGACUGCAACGCGGAAGGAGGAAACCGACUCUCCGUCACUGAGGUGUAAUUUCGGCGUCACCGCCUCACAAGGUGCACCCUUUAGUGCAAUUCCAAUGCCGCUGUAAGACCCCUGACACCUUCAUGCCAGUACUAUUUCAUUUUAAACACAAAGCGGACACAUAUCUCCCCCCGGUUCUCCACUGACGGGCCUCGGUAACGACUCUAACAAGGCGCUGAAGAGUCCCUCACUGCCUCAGCUUCUCCAUGGGUGAAUCGGGCUCACGCCGUUCCACACUUGUUUCACGCCUGCCAAUCUUCCGCCGCAGCGCCAGCAAGCGGCAGGAGUCCCUCCCCUCCUCCCCGUCCUCGGGGGGAGUGGGAAACGGCGUUCACACCUCCUCGCCCUCCAGCACCAACUCCAGCUCGGGCAGCACCGGCAAACGCCGGAGCCUGUUUCGCGCGCCGUCUCUCAGUUUCACGGCUAAGAGGAACAGUGAUCCACGCGUUCAGCCCAUCAACCUGAACCUCACGCCCCCCCUGACACAGACCACUGAUGCAAACGGAAACAACCAGCAGACGGUAACUUCGUCGGCGUCCUCAGGUUUCGGCGAGGGUGGCAGGCGUUCCAAGUCGCGCCACUCAUUUGGGUUUGGGAGCCACAAGCAAAAGAAAAUCCCACGUUCGCAGACUGAGGACUUUGAUAAGGCCUCCUCAUCCUCGUCGGCAACUAAUCGAAAUGUGUUCAUCAACUGCAUCAGCAGCUCCGAAGCCAAUGAAGGUGACGACUCGGGGUUCCUCGAUGACUUCAGUGGGGCCAGUAAUAACAACAAACGCUCUUCGAGGCAGAAGAAGCAGCUACUGCCUAAAUCAUUCUCAGCCCAUCACCGUUUCUCUCGCACGUCCGACCACCACAGGCCUCCAGAAGUCAACCUGGAACCUCCUAGCUCUGCCACCGUCACACCUGGGCCAGAGGGCCUCACACCUGGGUCAUGUCCUGGAGAACUAAUGGGAGGAGGGGGUGAGAGCUCGCUUCAGUCCCCCAUGAUUUCAGAAGAUCGAACAACCGCCAUCACUCCCUCAGAGUUCAUUCCCAUAACAGAAGACUCUGUGUCGGAGGUGGACGCACUCCCGGCUCCCAGUCCAGGAUCCGGUUUGAACUCAGUGCCUGUCUGUGUGUCUGAGUCGCCUGCUGAUGCUGCUCCACCUGAUCCCCCAGCUGCACCUGAGAACCUCAGCGUGGCAGUCUCCACCUCUCAGGUUUUCUUCACCCCAGCCCAGUCCAGCGCUGAGAAACCCUUACUCCCUGACACCAGCACAGCCAACAACACAGACUAUGAAACGGCUGUCUCCCUGUCCGAGCCAGAGACGGCUGUACCCUGCCCACCUCUGUGGGAACAAUCACUGGAAGAGAGGAAAGAGAGGGAAGAGGAAAGACAGGAGGCAAUAAAAGACAGUUCAGUAGAGGAGAGGAAGAAGUUGGUGCAGGAGAGAAAGGCAGGCUACCACACCGAGACCACAAGUGAGAGCGAGGUGUGUGGGGCGCGCAGCGAGGGCUGUCACUCAAACCCCGAGAAAACGGAUAGGAGGGCGAGACACACACUCUCUCUUCAAGAAAGAGGAAGCUUCUGCGGCUGCCAUGAACCCAGGUCCUCUCAUUUGAGGAAACCACAUGCAGCUUCUGUGUGCAGCAGUGCCAGCCCUUACCACGAGGUGAUGCGGAUGGAAAGGCGACUGCGCUCCUCAUCUGAGGGGGCCGGUGGGCCUCGUGUCCAUGGAAACUACAGAGAUGCUCCAGGCAUGGAGGGAAAUGGUCUGCUCAAGCACAGAAACAACUCCUCGUCGUCUAAACUUGGAAGUUUGGAUGUGCUGAACAACCUGGGCUCCUCAGAACUGGAUGAAGAUGACCUCAUGUUAGACCUGGACCUCUCGGAUGAUCAGCGACAUCGACAUGUGUCCAGAGAAGACUCGAGCCAGUCCCUAACAUCCUGCCUCAACCUGCUUCCUUCUCCCUUGGAUCCACCCGGAGAUCGCUUGGCAGGGAAAGAAAACGUUCAGAGGGAACUCAGUCGACCAACCAGUCUGCUGCCCACUGAAUGUAUCGUGGGGCCUGGUUUAGGGAAGGAUGACGACCCUCUACCACCGGGGCUGGAGAGCCUUCCUCUCAGACUGAUGCAGCAGGAAUGCACAGCGGUCAAAACCCUGCUUUUAAGACUGAGAAGGACAUUACAGGAGAGCACAGAGACGAGUCCAGCCAGCAGCCUUCAGUCCCUACCCAUCAGUCCUUGCAGUGAGAAGUCUCUUCCAUUAAAGGAUCUGAACAGAGAGGAAACCCUGCUGCAGCAGCUGAGAGAAAAAGAUGAGCUGAUUCUCCGACUCCAGAGUGAACUGGAGAGUGCCAGAGCAGCCCUGAAGAUGAAAGACUGCCAAAUGACUGAUCACACAACGCAGACAGAACACACAGGGGCAGAGAUCAGCUUUCCAGGCCGGUGGUCAGGACUCGGCAACAGCAACAUCAGCCUGGCUCCAAGGGAGCGAAGGCUGGUGCGGGGAGCGUCAGCGGCACAAGGAGGGGACCACUAUAACCAACACCACCCUUACCACUGUCGGCCCACUGCUGCUGCAGAGCGCCAUGCUGCCAGGGAGGAGCGCCACCAGCAGGGAGCUGGGAACGCUGCUGGUAAUCUGGCUUCUGGCUCCUCUGACCCGUCCUCCGUCCAGACCUCACCCACCACACCAGCCCAGACCAGUACAUAUCAGCCCCCAUGUUCCACCACAGCUUCACCUCCUUGCUCCAAGCAGCCUGAGGGGGUGUCCUCCUCCUCUGAGUCCUUAACACCAGGAGGAGGAGGAAGUGGAGCAAGUCAGUCCGGCGGGGUGAAGAGAGGAGGCGGGGAUCACCAUCCGCCAAGCCUAAUCCCUCGUGCAGUCGGGGCCAGCGCUUCUUCGAGUCUCCACAGCCUCGCAAGCAGAGGGAGCUCCACACAAAACAUCUCGUCAUCAGACCGGGCCUCGCCAACACCUCCCACACCUUCGUCAGCUUCCUCCUCUUCCUCCUCCUCCGCGUUCACCGGCCGUUUAGGACAACCACCUCGCGGCCCUCUGUCUCUGCAUAGCUAUAGCCGGAAAAACGUCUUCCUCCAGCAUUCCCUGCACACGGCCGAACUGCAAGCCCUCACACAGAGAGACAGUUGAGGAUGCCAAAAAAAAAAACAACCAGCCAUAAGCAGCCAUAUCAUCAGCUUAAGUUAUCAUAAGGGUUAAUAAUUAGGAGAAAACAUUGCUGCUGCUUCUGUUAUCGUCGCGCCAAACUCACCCUUAAAAAAAUAAAUAAAUAAAAAUCCCCCCUCCCAUUGCGCUUACAAUCACUUUGCAAUCCAGACCAGCCCUUGAUUCACUUGUUUAGAAAUUUGCUUGAUUUUACACAUGGGCACACACACACACAUCAGGCAGUGAGAUUGAAAAAAGGCACUCACCCGUCUAUCAGCGCUCCCACGUUGUGUCAUGCUGACAGUUCAGAUGAGCUUACGCCCACAGACACACAAACUCCACACAAAUACAGUCACCCACACUAAAACUCACACUUUGACACAAAGACAUCGCCUGUGAUAUCUCUGCUUGGCCAUCUGCACCAGCACGGCGGUAAAACUGAAUGAAAAGACGAGGUGUCUGCAUUGUUAAAGCUCAGUUCUUUAUUUGACUGCCUGUAACAGUGAAGCCAUUUGCUGCUGAAGAACAUUUGGACCCAACUGUGAUUUUUGCUCGUGACCAUGUUUUUCUCAACCUGCCAAAUCCCACAUUGAAUUAAAUCCUCAUUCCUCAGUGGUCCAGGUUAAGAGACUUCAGUCCUUGUAAUACAGCAUGCUUUUUAAAAAUUUUUAAAAGAAGAAAAAAUACAACCGAGCGUUUAAUAUGGCAGCAACUUAAUUCUCAUUACAACAUAAAGUCUCAGUAUGAACUUUCAUGUCAGUGUUUUUAAAAGGGAAUCAAUCCAGUCAAAACUUCCAUGACAUUAAUUAACCUGUUUGUAUAGUCUUUUUUUGAGAGAAGAAUUUUUCUUUCCAUAAAAUGACUUUUGUUCUUUGCUCAACAUUUUUUAAUUGCAGGAAUACAAGGUUAAGCUGUAACAUACAUUAUACUGGAUGGAAUAAUGGGUCUCACAAAAAUAAUGAAGCUGAAAUAAAAUUACAUUUUAAACUUAAACAAACCACAACCUAUAUAAGCUAUUGUUAUACUCCAGUUUGAAUAAAACAAAUUGUUUUGUCUGACAGAUUUUUCACAGAAAUUCUUCAGUGCUUGUAAUAAAAACCUGCGCAGGUUAUUGGCAGCUGAUGUCUAUGGGCGCUUCGUUGAAUGACAGCAAACUGAAUUGUACUGGAUAAUCACAUUAAAGGGAUAGCUUGGAUUUUUUUUCUCUUAAAGUUAUUUUCUUAACUUGCUGUACAGAGACACCAUAUCACAGUUAGUUUGUAGAAAAGUAAACAAUGCAGUAGAAGGAUACCUCCUACAGACGACAUGAGGCCGAGAACAAAAUGAUGCUGUUUUUAUCACACAGCUGCGACAGUGAGAACAGUUUGGCUUAACCAUGCAGAGCCCUUAAAUGCCCUCAUUUGGGUUGAGGAUCAGCUUUUAAUUUAAGAGAAACCUCACAACUCAGCAUUCCUGCCAUGUUCAAAGACAAAGUGCCCCCGCCUUUGCCAUCAGCAGGUCGUGACAAUGUGAAUUCCUGACAUAAAUUGAGCUAAAACCCAGAUCUAUGGCCAUAUUGUGAAUAUUUAAUGGCAGCCUUUUUAAAUUUUGAUCAACUGACGAACAGCCUGUUUCUAAUAAUUAGUUUACUCUGACUUUUUUUUUACUCUUUUGCUCUUCUUUUUGAACUUAGAGCCUUGUAAAGAUCAGCAGAAAAUGUGAAUAAUUUAGAUUCUGAUCCCGAGUGUUCUGCAUUGUAUUUCACUGAUAAAAACAAUUUCAGUGUGAGCAUUUUAAAUAGUUAAAACUCAGCAAAAACAAGGAGUGCCCAUUUACUGAGUAAAUGUCAGUUAUUCACCUAUUUGGGAAGUUGUUUUCUUUUCUACAAACUUGCUGUGAUAUGACAUCUUUCCACAACAGCUGAGGGAACUAUCACUGAUAACUUCACAGAAUAUCACUUCAUAAAUCCAAACUAUCCCCUUAUUGCUGAAAGAGAAAUGUUUUUUUAUAACUACUUGCGUAAGGGAGUCACUUAAUUGGGUUCUGUAUAAAGAAGGAACUACACGUAAAAAAGUUGUAUAUUUACUCAAAGACUUUACAAAGCUUUUACCCAGUUCUCUUGAGUUCUUCCUGUUUCAGUUUAAUGAUGAUAUCUCAUUGUAACAAGACUACCAUCUACAUUUCUUUUGUCUAUAAGGUCGUUUAAGCGACAUGAACAUUACUGCCAAAAUUUGCUGACUCAUCUUUUGGGACAAGGGACAAGGUGGUGUUUCAGAACGACUUAUUUUUUUUGUUAACUGAACUGUAUAACAAUCUCCUUGGUUUACUACAACUGUUGUAUGUUUUCUGUGAACUGACCAAAUCCUGGAACUGGUCUUUCCCCCUUGGCUUUGAGGUAAAUGGAUCCUACAAAGUCAAGCAGGAGGUGGGAAUUUGCACUUGUUCUUGGUGCGAGCGAGUAGUUCACCGCCGCUGGCAUCUACAGACUGGUGAGAUGUUGGAGCGGUUGUUGACCUUGUCUGUCUCUAAAUAGCACCUGGCUUGGGGGAACCUGUGUAAAUGUUGUGUGUGUGCUGUAAUGCACACAUCACGAGGGAAAAGGUCCUGGUAGUAGCGAAGAAACACCUGAAGCCCAGCGGCUCUGAUCCUAGUGGUGGAGGCCGCAGUUCUGCUUGUGGUCUGUUUCGCUAAAACAACUCUCUGGCAUCUUUUGAUUGAAAUGCCGUUGUUCCCUCCAGUUCCUCUCUCCUGCCAUUUUUUAAUGUGUAUUGUGUUACCUCUGGACUCCAGCAUUUCGCCAACAGUCUCCUUCCUUUCAUCACCUCUCUUUCUGUUGGAUCUUCUUCUAUCCUCAUCUCUUUUUCUCUCCUCUCUCCCCUGCUAAGUCCACUGAUACAAACCUUAUAUUGUUGUAUAAUGCAGCAUUAUCUGGGUGCUGGUACACACAGCUGUGUUGAUUUUAACACAGUUUUUCUAACUGAGAGUGAAAUAACGACAAACGCAAGUAAAACAUGAGCCAAACGUUAGAUGCUUCAUUAGUUUGCAGGCAAUCCUUCCGUGUCACUGGCUGACCUCUUUAGUAAUGCUUUUUUUACAUCCCUCACUGCUGCAUGUUAUAAAGCUGUUGACACCAUGUGAAAUAUUGUAAGAGUAUUUAACUGCCCACACAGGUUUUAUUUUUGCUCUUCGUUUGAAUUGGCUGCACUCGUUUCAGCGGCACCGAAGAACACAGCGCAGAGGGAGGCAGCUGGUUGUUUCACAAGAGAAAGAGGCCACGUCUGACAUUCGAGUUCAAAUCUGGCCUUGAGGUCUUUUACAAAGUCAUAUUUUUUUAUUUGUUUCUAAAUUGAAAUCAUGAACUGAUGGUGAGCUCUUACUGCUGGGAGUGGACAAACUUUUUGGACCUCAGUACAUUAUUUAUUUUUUAUCAAGAUGUUGUACAUUUAAAACACUACGUGUCUUGGGAGAUUAUUUUGUUGUUUUUUUGUUUAUGCUUUUGCCUUAUUUAAAUGAAUUGCCAUAGGAACAGUUUUCUGAAAGUGGGAUGGGACUUACAGGUAAGGUAGCAGGCAUGACUGUAGUAAAGAUUAAAAAGAAAAUGAUGAUAAUCAUGUAAAUGUUUUAUGCUGUUAUAAACUUUUAGUUUUCACUGUAAUUAUUUUUUUUAAUUCCUGUAAUAAUUAGCUUGAAAUGUAUAUUUGCGCAUAAAUUAUUGAUAUGUUGACAUUACUUUGAUUUGUUUUGUGUUUAAAAGAAUAUAUUAUGAUUCUUUAGUCUGUGUCUGUUAGUUGGGAUUAGGGAAAUUAAAACAUGAAAGGAAAUAUAUUUUUCACAUUUUAAGUUUCAAAUGCAGUCAAAGGUCUGACCGAUAACCAAAGUGUUUCAGGCCUUAGUGAUUAAACAGAAAACAAAGAAACUCCAUGUUGUUUUUGUUGUUGUUGUUUGCAUUAUCUUUGCUUAAGUUUUAUUUUAAAUAGAUAACUUUGCUGCUGUAUUCCGUCUAAAAUACAGGUAGGUAUCUAUUAAAGCUGCUUUUUUUAAGGACAGUUGGGGAAAUUAGUAUUAAACAUGCUAAAAGGUUUAAUCCUUAAAUAUAUUUCUGAUAUGAGUGUUGAUGUGGAAACACACCAUAUGUCUGUAGCGACUCACAAAGUCGACCCAUGUAUCGCUUACUGUGAUUUACUCAACUGCAAUCAAAUCUUGAAGUUUCUUGGGACUUCUUCUACAGUGGUGUUAAAAGGAAAAUCAAACCAAUUUAUUAGUCAAAUACAACACAAGUAACCACAAAAUACUUUGCUUUUAAAUGAAGAUAUUUAUUAUUAAGGAAU